GGUACAAAAUGGCUUACAGCGUGACUCUGAAUGGACCCGGACCAUGGGGUUUCCGACUGCAAGGGGGCAAGGACUUCAACAUGCCCUUGACCAUCUCUAGAAUCACCCCUGGCAGCAAGGCAGCACAGUCACAGAUGAACCAAGGGGACCUUGUGGUAGCCAUUGAUGGAGUCAACACUGACAGUAUGACCCACUUAGAGGCCCAGAACAAGAUCAAGUCAGCCAGCCACAACUUGAGCCUCACUCUUCAGAAAUCUAAACGUCCAGUGCCAGUUUCAACCACAGCGCCCAAAAUUGACUCUCCCAGGGCUGUAAUUCCCCACCAGAAGGUCAUAACCAACACCACUGCCAACACGGAGUUCACGGAGCGUUUCAACCCCAAUAUCCUGAAGGACUCUGCCCUGUCUACACACAAACCCAUUGAGGUGAAGGGCCUAGGCGGCAAGGCUACUAUAAUUCACGCCCAGUAUAACACCCCGAUCAGCAUGUAUUCCCAAGAUGCUAUCAUGGAUGCAAUUGCAGGCCAGGCACAAGCCCAGGGUGGAGAAUUUGCUAGUACCCUUCCUAUUAAAGAUACUCACGUAGACAGUGCCUCUCCUGUGUAUCAGGCUGUGCUUAAAACUCAGAACAAGCCUGAAGAUGAAACCGAAGACUGGAGUCGCCGUUCUGCCAACCUGCAGUCUAGGUCUUUCCGCAUCCUUGCCCAGAUGACUGGAACGGAGUACAUGCAAGAUCCAGAUGAAGAAGCCCUGAGGAGGUCAAGAGACAAGGAAAAUGUUGCUGCAGCAUCAGGAAACAGUACCCCUGUUGAGCAUGCUCCAGUGUCUACCAGUUCUGCCUCUGCUCCUGCACCACAUGCUUCAGCACAUCAGCCUGCUACUGCCGCUCAAAAUACAGCCAGUCUGAUGACACCACCAGCAACCACCUCAGUAGUGCAGGAGUCUUUCUCAUCCUCCUUCCAAAGAGUGCUUGCAGCCCCCAGCUCUCUUUCACAGCCUAAGCCUUUCCAUGGGUCCAAGAACAUGUCAUUAGCAGCUUCCACUAUUUCGUCUGCUAUCUCAUCUCAGUCUAGUUUCAACCGGCAUUCUUCCACCUCCAUCAGCUACCAGUCAAAGAAGAGAAACACAAGCCAGUCAUAUACACCAAUGCCAGUUUCUGGAAGCUACGGUGAAAGUCCUGCUGCUUCUGCUACUUCAAAACACAGAGUUGUUACUACUGCCAGCAUAAAGCCCUCUGUCUACCAGCCAGCACCAGCACCAGUUCAUUCCUACACCCCUGCCAACACUGAGCCUGCAAGUCGCCCUCCCUGGGUAACAGAUGAAUCCUUUUCCCAGAAAUUUGCACCUGGAAAAACCACCACCACUGUCACAAAGCACAUCCUACCAAGGGGUGCUCCAGUACCAUCUCCUGCCUCAACUUCUGCUUACCCGUCUCCAGCUUCAACUUCUUCCCGGGCUCCUGCAAUAGCCCGGGGAACAGUUCAGAGGGCUGAGCGUUUUCCAGCCAGCAGCCGAACUCCUCUCUGUGGGCACUGUAACAGCAUAAUUCGGGGUCCUUUCCUGGUAGCCAUGGGUCGCUCUUGGCACCCAGAAGAAUUCAAUUGCGCUUACUGCAAGAAAUCCUUGGCUGAUAUGUGCUUUGUGGAAGAGCAGAAUAGCGUGUACUGUGAGCGCUGUUAUGAACAGUUCUUUGCACCAACCUGUGCCAGAUGCCACACUAAGAUCAUGGGGGAAGUGAUGCAUGCCCUAAGACAGACUUGGCACACAAGUUGCUUUGUCUGUGCUGCUUGUAAGAUGCCGUUUGGGAAUAGCCUCUUUCACAUGGAGGAUGGGGAACCUUACUGUGAGAAAGAUUAUAUUGCUUUGUUCAGCACAAAAUGCCAUGGCUGUGAUUUUCCUGUUGAAGCUGGAGAUAAAUUCAUUGAAGCUCUUGGACACACUUGGCAUGACACCUGCUUCAUUUGUGCUGUAUGCCAUGUGAAUUUGGAAGGUCAGCCAUUCUACUCCAAGAAGGAUAAGCCACUGUGCAAGAAGCAUGCCCAUGCCAUCAAUGUUUAAAAGAAGAGUUGGUAGUCUGUAAUGCUGGGGAAAACAGAUGACUAACUGGGCAAUUAUAAAGUUGAUAACCAUGGCUAGCAUUUCUCUUGGUAAAAGCUAGGAAGUUGAUGCUUCUGAAGUUUAACUUUAACCUCUUUCAUAAAUGCAGAACAUGUUUUUGCAAGGUUCAUACAAAAACCUACCGAAUGAACAGUAAAAACAAAUGAACUAGUCCAUUAUUAGAGCAACAGUUGGGGGAAAUAUUGAAAUUAACUAAAAACUGUAAUAUUAAAAGUAAUGCGCAAAUACAGUUUCAAAUGAACUACCCACAGCAGUUUUACUGCUUAGACCACACACUAGUGUUUAAGAACAACUGGAAAAGACCUUUUGUAAUAAGUAAUUUUCUUUCAUAACAAGAAUGAGUAAGUGCCACAUGUACAAUAAUCUGUAGAACUAAAGGCCAUAGCUUUCAAAGGGAAAUAAAUAGAUUAGAGUUUCCUCUAUGAAAAGUGAGUGCGAUUCCAUUAUGUUGUGGUGCUACCUCAUAGCAUCAAAUAUUUUAGAUUCUUUCCAAAUAAGAAGUCUGCCUUGAAUCCAUAUGUAGCUGGGAAGCCUAGAAGACAAUCCGUAACUUAGUUUGAAAAUAAAAGGGAAACAGAAUAAUGCCUUCCAUAACGCAGUAAGAUUGAGAAAAGCAUGUUGGGUCAACCUUGCUAGUGCACUUGGCUUUUAUAUGCACAGUAGAUUAGUUCAUUUUCAAAUCAUAAUGGAAAAGGACAACUGGCUUUCUCCAAAUUGCUCUUACAUUGAAUGGAAUAGAGCUGGCUGGAAAGGCCAGCUUUUAAUUAGAAACCAGUUUUCCUUUCCUCUUGUAGAAAAAAAAUACUCAAAGUUGCUUUCGUUUCUAAUUCCCAUUGAUAUCAGUGGGAGGUCGGAAUCUACAUCUGGACCUUCACAUUGAUGAACAGAGAAGACACACAUUCCUAGCACAGCUAGGAAGUGGGAAAUAGCUUGCAAAAGUUCCCUGCUCUAUCCCACAUGCUUAGGAAAAGGGCAUCUUUUUUUUUUUUUUCCCUAUAGUAAAUUAACAUUGAUUAAAAAUUCAUAAGGCAGCAUAACACCACAGGCACAUACUCUUUAUUACUUUUGUUUGUUUAAAUGCAACACAUCCUGAAUUGUAGUAGUAUUUGCCAUCGUAAAACAGUAGAUAGGCUCCGACAAU